GUCAAUCAAAGCUCCAAGUGGGUUGAGUUUAGAGACUCGGUGUUCAGUGACCGUGCCGCUAAAAUUAUCCACCGACUACACCGAGUCAGCUAGUUUCAUUUUAAUUCCGAGAUUUUAGCCUGUUAGAAAAGAAAAGUGCGGUUUGUAAUGAUUUCUGUCUAUCUGUGCCACGAUAGCCUUUGCUAAUGUUUAUAGUAAACAAGCAUCAGUUAAAAACUACCGGCUAUAGCUAACUCGCUAGACAACAGAGACUCCUGAUGGUUUGGUCAGCAUAAUGACCACGUAAUUUAUAAACCACACGCGCUCCUUCAUCGCUGUGUGAGUUAACUAAUUAUCAUACUUGGCUUGUUGACCUUUUCUGGGGGAAUGUAUAUAUGUGCAUGUCGAUAGUUUGGAUCUGUGUGUAGUUUGUUUACAACUUCAAGCGAAAAAUGCCGCGUGAGACCGGAGACGUGAGACGCCAUGCCAGGGACAUGACCGGGGUUUACUACCGCUCGCUACACCGCUGUUUUACAGAUAAUAAGGAUUACACACAGCUUCCCUAGAAAGAGAGGUUGCUGAAGGAUUUCCGAGAGCAUGGCUCAUGUGCUGCAUUUGCUCCUUUUGUGGCUCUUGGUGAGAAGUUCAGAGCCCCAGGGUUAUGUGGGCAAUGGACUGGGUCUUGGGGCAAACAUUGAAAAGAUUUUGCCCUCCGUUACUCAUCGUGCCAACGGCAGCCAAAGUUUCUAUGGGAUCAUGUUUGACGCUGGGAGCACUGGAACGCGCAUCCAUAUCUACAACUUCAUUCAGAAAGGCUCAAACCGUCUCCCCGUUUUGGAUAAUGAAAUGUUCCAGUCUGUGAAGCCUGGUUUAUCUGCCUACGCUGACAUGCCAGAAAAAGCCGGGGACUCGGUGAGGCAAUUGCUGGAGGUUGCCAAGAGCAGCGUGCCUCAUGUGGAGUGGAAACAAACCCCAGUGAUGCUGAAGGCCACAGCAGGUCUAAGGAUGCUGCCACCUGCCAAAGCUCAUGCACUACUACAGGAGGUUCAAGAUGUGUUUGAUGAUUCUCCAUUCUACGUGCCUGCUGAAAGUGUAAGCAUAAUGAAUGGAACAAGUGAAGGGGUUUUGGCCUGGGUGACUGUAAACUUUUUGACUGGUCAACUUUACCCCAACACAAAAAGGUCAGUAGGGAUUUUGGAUUUGGGUGGAGGAUCAACGCAAAUCACCUUUCUCCCAAAAGUGAGUAAAACAUCUGAGAGAUUUCCUGCUGAUUACACUGCAAGAUUCAGUAUGUUCGACACAACAUAUAAAUUGUACACUCACAGUUAUUCAGGGAAUGGAAUCAAAGCCGCCCAGCUUGCUGCUAUCGGUGCUUUGGGCUCAAAAGAUCCAGAAGGGAAGGUUUUUCAGAGCUCCUGCUUGCCUAAGAAUUAUAAAGGGAAAAUUAGCUUUGGAGGGUUAAUAUAUAAAGUCAGUGGAAAGCCAGGAGGUUCUACUGGAUAUAAGAGCUGUUACAGAGAAAUGCUAAAGGUUGUGAAAGGUGUCAUACAAGAGCCAGAUGAUAUGGAAGACAGCUGGAUCUAUGCCUUCUCUUACUAUUUCGACCAUGCUGUUGAAGCCGGCCUUGUUGAUGAAGACAGAGGUGGUGCUGUGCGGGUCCGGGACUUCAAGCAAAGAGCUAAGGAGGUGUGCAGCAAAGUGUCCAUGUAUAAUCCUGACUAUCCCUUCCUGUGUAUGGAUCUUACAUACAUAACCUGUCUUCUGAGGUCUGGUUAUGGCUUUGAGGAGAAAACGGUGCUGGAGUUGACCAAAAAGCUGCACAAUGUGGAGGCCAGCUGGGCUUUGGGAGCCACUCUCGGUUACUUUGAACACUUUAGCAUCGUCUAAGAAGCAGCCAAGUACCAGCUCCUCUUUCCAACAGUUCUAUCCUUUUCAUCAUCUUUAGUAAUGAAGAGUCACAUGUCUAUUGUAGAAAAUUAAUUCUUGUCUCUUAAAAUUAAAGAUUUUAUGCAAGUUGUCAUUUGCCCCCUUUAAAAAAAAAAAUGAUAGUGUAUAUAUUUUGGUAUUUUAGGGAUUCAGAGAUAUCCUUGGUUUAAAAACUAUUAUCCAUGUUUUCUUUUGGAAGCGGUUUAAGUAAUAGUGUCUUGCUAGUGGGGAAAAUUUUAGUAUCUCUCCUAGGCUGCAAUGAAAUGCUGCAUUUUUACGAAUUUAAUUUAGGCAUCUAAUAGAAAUAUUGCAUUUUGCUUUACGAUAUUAAACCGGGGAAUCUCUGUAUGAACAGCUCGGCAGCUUACUGAGCACAGGAACAGUAAGAUUUUGCACUGAAGACAGCUGAACGUUAAACUGGGAGGAAAAAAAAUCUGACUUGUGUCAUAGCCAAGUGCCAUAAGCUAGCAAUUUAACAUUAAUAUCCAUCACUAUGCA